AUGCCAGAGGCAGCAUCGUCCUUUACCUCUCUGCUGGCAUCCUCACUCAACAACGCUAUCCCCAAUACUCUUAUCCGCCGUAGUGGUGGCUCAGGUGGCUGCCCAGCAAUCUGGACUACUAUCUCUUCUGACCUCACCGCGUCUUUCUUGGGCUCCGAUGGCCAGUGUACUGACCUUGCGAGAGCCGCUAUUCGCUUCGCGUUCCACGAUGCUGGGCCAUACUCGUCAAAGACAACAUGGUAUGCACCUGCUGCAGGCGGUGCAGAUGGUUCUCUUCUCUUGAAUUCAGACGAGAUCAAUCGCCCAGAGAACGGAGGCUUGGCUGACUACCGAACAUGGUUGAUGGGAAAGUACACUCAGUACAACAGCAAGGCGACUGUCGGUGCCGCCGACUUGAUUCAAUUUGCUGGUUCCCAUGCCGUCAUCACAUGUCCUGGUGGGCCAAAGAUCAAAACUGUCGUUGGCAGAAAUGACAGCUCUACGAUAGCCCCUGACGGCUUCCUCCCUGCUGGAUUCGGUCCUAACUCCUCUCACGAUGUCCUGUACCAGCUCUUCCUUGACAAGGGCUUCAGUGCCAGAGAUCUGGCAGCACUUAUUGGCGCACACUCCACCAGCAAAGCAUUCACCCAACAGGCCAACGGCAUCCCCAGUGGUGGUCAACAAGAUAGCACUCCCGGAAAGUGGGACAUUUCUUACUACGCUCAAGUCAAUAAUCCUCCUGCAGGCGUCUACCGCUUCCAAUCCGACAUCAACCUCUCAAACGCAUCGACAACAGUCGGCAAACAAUUCCAGGGCUUCGUUGGCAACCAGGGCAAGUGGACGAGCUCGUUCGCCGAUGCUAUGGCUCGUCUGAGUGUGUUGGGUAUUCCUGCUUCGACGCAGUCCAACUUCAUUGACUGCACGAACGCCCUGCCGCAGGGUACGUCCUCGAAGAGAGACAUUCGUGCUGCACCUAUCAACGAUCGUGCACGAUAG